CCUUGUGCAUAAUUAAGAGAUUAUUUAAGAAAUGCCCCUGUUAGUUUUUAGCUUCAAUUAAGACCUCUUUGCUUGGAUUGCGUUAGUGACAAUUAAAUAGCAAAAUCCCCAGAAACUCCUCCUCACCGGUUCCCCUCUACCAUCACCUACUUGUAUAUUACCUCAACCAGAAAUCAAACCAAGUCCAAGCCAGGGAAGCAAGUAACCAUACACCUACCUUCUCCUUUGCUUCCCAAAAACCAUUCUCUCUUUCAUUCUCUGUGAUCCAGACAAACAAUGGAGGCGGAAAAUGAUCAAGCACAAGAAUUCAUUUUCAGGUCCAAACUCCCCGAUAUCCACAUCCCAAACCACCUCCCUUUACACACUUAUUGCUUUGAAAACCUUUCCCGAUUCAAAGACAAUCCCUGUUUGAUCAAUGGCCCUACCGGUGAAAUCCACACCUACGCGGAAGUUGAGCUCACAUCACGCAAAGUCGCUUCUGGCCUCAACAAGUUAGGCAUCAAACAAGGCGAUGUUAUAUUGCUGUUGCUCCAAAACUCGCCAGAAUUUGUGUUUGCGUUUCUCGGAGCAUCAAUUAUUGGUGCUAUUAGCACAACCGCAAACCCCUUCUACACUCCCGCUGAGGUCGCAAAACAAGCAACAGCAUCAAAGGCAAAGCUGAUAAUAACACAGGCAGUUUACACCGAGAAAGUGCAAGAAUUCGUCAAGGAAAAUGAUCAUGUCAAAAUAGUGACCGUUGACUCUCCACCAGAAAACUACUUGCAUUUUUCAGAGUUGACAAAUUCUGAUGAGGAUGAUAUUCCUGCUGUCGAGAUUAACCCUGAUGAUGUCGCGGCACUCCCUUAUUCGUCAGGGACAACAGGUCUCCCUAAAGGUGUCAUGUUGACUCAUAAAGGGCUCGUUACUAGUGUGGCACAACAAGUUGAUGGAGAGAACCCUAACCUCUAUUUUCACGAGAAGGAUGUGAUUCUUUGUGUGUUGCCUUUGUUCCACAUCUACUCGCUCAAUUCCGUGUUACUUUGUGGGCUAAGGGUUGGUUCAGCAAUUUUGCUUAUGCAAAAAUUCGAGAUUGUUACGUUAAUGGAGCUUGUACAAAAAUAUAAGGUGACAAUUGCGCCAUUUGUCCCCCCUGUCGUCCUCGCAGUUGCAAAAUGUCCAGUGGUUGAUAAGUAUGAUCUUUCUUCCAUUCGGACCGUAAUGUCUGGCGCCGCACCAAUGGGGAAGGAGCUUGAGGAUACAGUAAGGGCUAAGCUGCCUAAUGCUAAACUUGGACAGGGAUACGGAAUGACAGAGGCAGGGCCCGUGCUAUCGAUGUGCUUGGCAUUUGCAAAGGAACCCUUUGAAAUUAAAUCAGGUGCCUGUGGGACUGUUGUUAGAAACGCCGAGAUGAAGAUUGUUGACCCCGAUACCGGUAGAUCCCUGCCACGAAAUCAAGCCGGAGAGAUUUGCAUUAGAGGUAGCCAAAUCAUGAAAGGUUAUCUAAAUGACCCUGAGGCCACUGAAAGGACUGUAGACAAUGAUGGAUGGUUACACACCGGCGACAUUGGAUACAUCGACGAAGAUGAUGAGCUCUUCAUCGUUGAUCGAUUGAAAGAGUUGAUUAAAUACAAGGGUUUUCAAGUAGCACCUGCUGAGCUUGAAGCAAUGUUGAUCGCUCAUCCCGACAUCUCUGAUUGUGCUGUAGUACCCAUGAAAGAUGAAGCUGCCGGAGAGGUUCCUAUUGCUUUUGUGGUGCGGGCAAAUGGUUCCAAGAUCACCGAGGACGAAAUCAAACAAUAUAUCUCAAAACAGGUGGUCUUUUACAAGAGAAUUAGUCGGGUGUUCUUCACGGAAGCGAUUCCCAAGGCUCCAUCCGGAAAAAUCUUGAGAAAAGACCUAAGAGCAAGGCUUGCAACUGGCGAUCUUCCUCAUUAAAUUCCAACAUGACACAUACAUGCAAAAACAGCAGUAGUCUGAAGUCCAGAGGCAGUAUGGUCUUGCUGUGUUUUCCUUUCCUUAUCGGCCCUCCAAAAGGGACAGGAGAACAUAUAGACUGGAUUAUUUCAAUGAUCAGUUUGUUCUUAUCCUUCAAUGCAAGUUGAAUAGAAGAAUGAGCUUUGUAUUAAUUAAUAUGCUCAGGGUAUUGUAGGACAUGUUGUUGACGACGUUAAAAACUUGGGACGGAAAAUUCUGGUUUGUAUAAUUGUAUCAAUUUGCGUUACAUAUAAUAAGUCUCGUUUCCUUUAUUUUCUUAUUA